ACUAGGGGGCCCUGGGAGAAGGGAAUCACGUUGGAGAGAGUAUAUGUUGGAGGGUGGGAACACAAUGACAGUCCAGCUCCUGCUGAAACCCAUGUGCUGCCCCUGCAGCCUCCUAGGGCUCCUUGCCCUCUUUGUCGCCGGCAAAUGCAGUUACAGCCCGGAGCCCGACCAGCAGCGGACGCUGCCCCCAGGCUGGGUGCCCCUUGGCCGUGCGGACCCUGAGGAAGAGCUGAGUCUCACGUUUGCCCUGAGGCAGCAGAACCUGGAGAGAUUGUCAGAGCUGGUGCAGGCUGUGUCGGAUCCCGGCUCUCCUCGCUAUGGAAAGUACCUGACCCUAGAGGAAGUGGCUGAACUGGUCCAGCCAUCACCGCUGACCCGCCACACGGUCCAAAAAUGGCUUUUGGCGGCUGGAGCCCGGAACUGCCACUCAGUGACCACGCAGGACUUUCUGACUUGCUGGCUUAGCGUCCGACAAGCAGAGCUGCUGCUCUCUGGGGCUGAGUUUCAUCGCUAUAUGGGGGGACCUGCAGACACCCAUGUUGUAAGGUCCCCACGUCCCUACAGGCUCCCAAAGGCCUUGGCCUCCCAUGUGGAUUUUGUGGGGGGGCUGCACCGCUUUCCCCCCACAUCAACCCUGAGGCAGCGCUCCAAGCCACAGGCGCCAGGGACGGUUGGCCUGCACCUGGGGGUGACCCCAUCUGUGAUCCGUGAGCGUUACAACUUGACGGCACAAGAUGUGGGCUCUGGCACAACCAACAACAGUCAAGCCUGUGCCCAGUUCCUGGAGCAGUAUUUCCAUGACUCAGACCUGGCUGAGUUCAUGCAUCUCUUCGGUGGGAACUUUGCACACCUGGCAUCAGUAGCCCGUGUGGUUGGACAGCAGGGCCGGGGCCGGGCCGGGAUCGAGGCCAGCCUAGAUGUGGAGUACCUGAUGAGUGCUGGUGCCAACAUCUCCACCUGGGUCUACAGUAGCCCUGGCCGGCAUGAAUCACAGGAGCCCUUCCUGCAGUGGCUCCUGCUGCUCAGUAAUGAGUCAGCCUUGCCACAUGUGCACACUGUGAGCUACGGAGAUGACGAGGACUCCCUCAGCAGCGCCUACAUCCAGCGGGUCAACACUGAGCUCAUGAAAGCUGCUGCUCGGGGUCUUACCCUGCUCUUUGCCUCAGGUGACAGUGGGGCGGGGUGUUGGUCUGUCUCAGGAAGACACCGGUUUCGUCCCAGCUUCCCUGCCUCCAGCCCCUAUGUCACCACGGUGGGAGGCACAUCUUUCCAGAAUCCUUUCCGAGUCACAGAUGAGGUUGUGGACUAUAUCAGUGGUGGUGGCUUUAGCAAUGUGUUCCCACAGCCUUCAUACCAGGAGGAAGCAGUAGCCCGGUACUUGAGCUCCAGUCCCCACUUGCCACCGUCCAGUUACUUCAAUGCCAGUGGCCGUGCCUACCCAGACGUGGCUGCACUCUCUGACGGCUACUGGGUGGUCAGCAACCACGUGCCCAUUCCGUGGGUGUCCGGCACUUCGGCCUCUACUCCAGUGUUUGGGGGACUCCUAUCCCUGAUAAAUGAACACAGAAUCCUCAGAGGCCUCUCUGUUCUUGGUUUUCUCAAUCCACGGCUCUACCAGCAGCGUGGGGCAGGACUCUUUGAUGUAACCCGUGGCUGCCAUGAGUCCUGUCUGAAUGAAGAGGUGGAGGGUCAAGGUUUCUGCUCUGGCCCUGGCUGGGAUCCUGUGACAGGCUGGGGAACACCCAACUUCCCAGCUCUGCUGAAGACACUAAUUAACCCUUGACCCUUUCCUACUAGAAGAGCGGGCCCAUCCCCUGUCCCCUGCCCCACAGCUGGUGGCUCAAUCCCUGAUUCUGCACUGCUGGAAGCCCUGCUGAACACUCAACUGUUGACUGCCGCAGACAGCUUCUCUCCCUAACCCAGAAAUGCUGUGAGCUUGACUUGACUCCCAACCCUAGCUGCUCCACCAUACUCAGGUCCCUCUACCCCUGCCCUGGUGUUCCUCCACAGAUGCUAUAACCAGCACUGUUUGGGAGCCUCCCCUGCACACCACCCCCUGCCCCCCAUUUCUUCUUUUUCUUUUCACCCAGGCUUUUCCAAAGGGUUGUCUACACUGACUGUGCAGUACACUAUUUCACUUCAUCUUCACUCCUCAAUUCAUUGCCAUGAGACUUCUGCUCUAACUUUUUCACUCUUUCCUCCCCUGAGAAACAUUGAGAAAUGAAGGCCUCCCUGCUGCUUCAUCCGUGCACACUUCCCAAUCUUUGUUUUGUGGGCUGUCACAGUAGCCUACUGCCUCUCCUUCCUUAGUUUCCAGGGCUUAACUUCUCCUUCUCUGACCACUCCCUCUUCCUCCUUCAUUCCCUCUUUCCUCCUUCUCUUUCUCUGCUUCCUCAUUGAAUGUUGUUGUAUUUCAUUGCUCCACCCUUAGUCUUUUGCCCUUCUCACUCUACUUAUUGUCCCCUGGAACAAAUCAAUCACUGCCUUCACAGCCAUCACCAUCUCACUAAAUCACUUUCUAUCCAACAGUGAUUGAUACCUCAAAAGCAAGAUGCGUGAUACUCAAUUUUUCAUCUCCCUUCUUCCCAAUCCAAAACUGUUCUCCUUUGUGUCUUCUUUGUAAAUGAUACUGUACUUCUUUCAACCAGGCCAGAAAUCUAAAGCAUCAUCCUUGACUCCCAUUUCCCUCACCUCCUCCCGUCAUCACCUUCAGUCAACAAGUGCUACUGACUUUACCUCUUAAAUACAUCUUUGUCAAUCCACAAGUCCUGCCCAUUAUAUUUCCUAAAUACAUUUAGAACGCAUCUACUUCUCUCCAACUCUACUGCUACUGCAUUCGCUUUGAGCCCUAUUCCCUCUCCUCUGAACUGAGGAGGCCCUUGCGAGAAGUGUCCUUACUUCCCGCCCUUUCCUAAACCAUUGACCAGAGGACGAUGCAAAUCCUGCGAGGUCAUUUACUUGCUUAAGAAGCUUCAGUGAUUACUGGAUAUAGUUCAGGCUUUUUAAUCACGACUUAAACACCUAACUCCUUACUUGCCAUUUGUUCCUGAGUAACAAAGUAUUUAUCCUUUCCUGCCCUCCCCCCACACACUUUCACUUUUGCUCAAGAUAGUCUGUGUCCUAACAUUACCUCUGGCUCCCUCUGCCUGGUUGAUUUCCAUAAUUCUUUCAAGACUCAGCUCAGAAGUCACCUUCUCUUGUGAACCUUCUGGCUCCCUUAAGCUAGUUGAUUUGGGUAUGACAGAAAAAUCCUAGAUUCUUGAAAACAAACCUGUUUGAUUCUUGGUUCUGAUACAGACUAGGAGAGAGCCUUGGGCAAGUAAGUUCAACUCUCUGAGGCUUUUUCCUCAUCUGUUAAGUGAGGAUAUUGAUAGCUGCCUCUAAUAUUCAGGGAAUCAUUAAAUGGAAGUUAAUAGAAUACCUGAUGCAGAUGUAGGCAGCAGCUGUUAUUUCCCUUCCUCCCUCGCAUUGCACAUUCUGUGUCUACCUCCAGUAUUUUAAUCCCCAUAUAUUGUUGAAAUGGCCAGUUUAACUGUUUGCCUCGCUUUCCAAGACCAUUAGUGCCUAGAGGACUAGAAUCUUUUCCUACUUAACCUUGUAUUCGCAGACCCUAGUUCAAGACUGGCAAAUAGGAAUUAAAUAAAUGUUUCAUUGAAAACGUCA